AUGCAUGGAAUGGCUACUGGAGUGGAGGUCCGGCAGGUAGUGACGGAAGAGAUUGAUAUACGGAGUAUGGGUAUUAUCGGAGGAGGAUGUGAAGUGAUGAGAUAUGCAUGGCCAAAGAUCUCAGUUUCAUUCUCCAUCCGCUAUGAGGGAGACAACAUUCCCCUCUGCUUCAGUGGACCACCCCUAGUGGGAAUUGGGCCACAUCGUUUGAGGCAAAAUCUGUUGACAAACUAUCCCAAGGACCUACUAGUCAUCGAGAGAAGCCAUUAUUGCCGGCCAACAAAGACACCGCGCAAGGAAGAGUGGGAACUUUUGAUUAGCGGAACACCACCUCUACAACGACCAAGGAUUGUUAUUGAAUCCUGGCAAGCGGACGCGCAACUUUGGAAAUUUGGACCUGUGAACAAAGCCUCCUGGAAACGAUGGAAGACCUGGGUUAUGGAACCCAAAGCAAGACAAUUGACGCCACAACAGUUGGAGGCGCCAUCAACCAAAGGAGACUUCUCGUCAUUCGCACUGCUGCUGAACUUGGACCGCGCUGGACCUGGGAUAGCCUGGAUAGGGAUCUGA